CCCACCAAAAACUAACUAAAAUUAAAAACUCUUUUUAUUAAUAGAUAGCCUGGAAACUCAGCUUUCAGAGUAUGUGUGUUUCAUUUUUUCAGAAGUUCGUUCUGUUGACAGAAAGAGCAAUAUUUUUUAAAGGCCACACAAACCGAGCUAAAAAUUGCAGCUUACUUUUCUCGAUGACCUUAGGCACUAGAGCCAAAAUUUUUCACCAUUAAAUAGGCCACUGAUCGUUGUAUAUGUAGCACUCAUUGAAUCUCUAAAAAUCUCAUUUUCGUUUUUUCCCCAAAUGUCCACGUUGUUGCGCACUGUGUACUGUCAAUAUUCACAGAUAAAAUUCUAGGUCGUUCGAUUAGCUGCCGAUUCGUUCAAUUAUCCGGCAUAUAAACGACGAUGGAUGACAGCUAAACGUGAAAUCAAUGAACGUGUAUCAGCACAAUUUCAUGGUAGAAGAGUAUUUCAACCGCAAGGAUUACCAACGAAGAUUGGUUCAUUUCAAUUAUUUGUUGAAGGCUAUAAAGAUGCUGAUACUUUUCUGAGACAAAUUGAUCGUGAACCCUUAAUCGAAGAUGUUUCACAGCAAUUUCAAAGACAAUUUGAACGUCUGGUUGUACUAGAUUAUAUUAUCAGAAAUACAGAUCGAAACAAUUCAAAUUGGCUUGUUAAGUAUAACAGAUUAGAUAAUGAACGAGACAAGCUCUCUGGUUUACAAGUACAGGUAAAACACGAAUAUUAA